UAGUUCUCACUCCAUUAGGCGAGUCGAGUGGCUUGCGCCAAUUUAGUUUGACACUGCAGUCGCUCGCUAGCACGUGCGUUGAACGCGCGUGUCCGCCAUCUUGCAAAGCUAGUUUUGGCGCCAACAUUUUUGAUUUACGAAUCAGACUUUUGACAAAAACUAGAGGGUAUUUAGAUGGUCUAUUGUAAAUUAUAAUAAGUGUUCAGUGCAAAUUAGGAGUUAUGAAGAUGACGGUGAAUCGAAUAAGAGUUGUGGUGCUCGGGAGCGCCCGGUCCGGUAAAUCGGCGGUGGUGGUGCGGUAUUUGACGAAGCGGUACAUCGGUGAAUACAGUUCAACUGGCGAUUUCCUUUACCAACAUCGAGUCGCGUUUGAUGGUGCUACCUCAGAAGUAGAGGUGUUGGAUACGUGUGGUUGUGCGAAACGAGGAUGUCUGGCGGAGCACUUGCGUUGGGGCGAUGCAUUCGCGGUGGUGUACUCAGUUUGUGACCGGCGCUCCUUCCUGGCUGCGGCUGAGCUUCUAGCUCUAUUGGAGAGAACGAGACUGCCUGGCUGUGCAGCCGUCACACUGCUAGGGAAUAAAAGGGACCUGGAACAUGCGAGGUGUGUAAAAGCUGAAGAAGGUCAAGAGCUAUCGUUGCGGUUCGGUUGCCAGUUCUACGAGGUGUCUGCGGCGGAGUCUUGCGCUGGCGCGGCGCUCGCUUUCCACGCGCUGUUGCGGGAAGCGCGCUCUCUGGCGCUACUGCUGCCCGCACCGCGUCGCAAACUCGCCGCUUACUCUGUCUCUAAGGUGAUUGGGACGAUUCUCGGAUUGAGCAACAAGAGCGUAAGGAAGAAAAGACCAUCUCUCAGCAUAUGAUUCGGCUCUUGCUGAUCGUCUACUGGAUUUCGUUGUUCACUCCGCGAUAGGAGUAUCUUUUCUUUCUGCGCGAUGCAGAAUACUUUGUUGGAAAGCGGGCCGCGGCUUGGGAGUACGGAAAUGACGUGAAGGAAUCUCGGUAUGAAGCUUUUGAAAGAUGGCCAAUUUCUACUUUGUAUAAUUCCUUUCCAUUGUUAUGAAUACUAUUGUAUAUUGUUAUUUGUGUAAAUAAAAUAAUUUGCUACGCAUGUUUAAUAUAUUAAAUAGUUGAAUACCACAGUGUGCCUUUACUACCAGUACUUUUUUAAUUUUCAAGUAUCUUAUUAAAGAGAUUUCAUUGUUACUGAAUUGUAUUGUUAUUAUAUUAGACUGAUAUAUUAAGAUAAUUUUGAAAUGAAAACGCAGAUUCACUCUGGUUAAAAAAUAAUUUGGUAAAACAAAUGGAGAAAGAUUGUAUUUUAUAAGGGAAAAAAAAGGGAAUUUACAUUCAAGGAAUAAAAUUUAAGUGUGAUACGAAGUUAUAUUGAAAUAUGGAUUUAAUGUGUACUUUAGAAUACAAUUGUUAAAUGCAAUACAAUAUUCCCUUGAGUUAGGUAUUUGAUUUUCACUUUGGAAUUAUUAAAACACUUGAUUUAUUCCUUUUUAGACCCUUCUAUCUUACAAGAUUACGGUAAUGAUAUUGAAUCAAUCCUAAAUUGUAUAAGUUGGCAUGUUCCUUUAGUAUGAAUAGUAGGAUGUGUAAAGAUCAAAGAGUAAACAAGGAUCUAACAUGUGAUUAAUAUUCCUUGAUUAUUUCCUCAUUUAAUUUAUUUCUUAAUUUUAUCCCACCUUGACUUAUAUCAGUCAUAUUACGUUUAAGAUUUUGCUUUUUUUAAUAAUUCCGGAUAAGUACCAAUAUUUGAAUAUUUUGAAUUCAGAUGUCUUUGA